AUGAGAGGAUCGUUUAGUGAUAUGUUUAUAAAAGAUACUAUUAAUUGGGUAGAUCGGUCAUCCCCUCCAAGCUCUCCGGUUUUAGACCCUAAAAAGGGUAUACAAAUACUAGCUCCCACACAAGGUGAUAGCUUUGUAAGUGAAUAUAUUAAAAUAAUAAAGCUAUAUGCUAUUGCUAUUGGCAAGAAUUUAGAUGAUAUAGACAUUAAAGUAAAAUUUUUCAUUGGAUUAUCACCUGAUAAUAAAAAGCAAGAAGAUAUGUCAGAUAUAGAUAAUAGAGAAGGUGAAGAUAAUCUAUUUAAAAGCCCCCACAAAAGAUCAUUCAUGAAUACUUCUAAAAAUAAAUCACCUAGCAAAAAAGCCAAAAAACAGGUUAAGAAAGAGAAUUCUCUUACAUUGAAAAAAUUAAUUCAGGAAUUGACUUCACCAACCUAUCAACAA